UAAACGGAAAAGCAAAGCGAAGGAUGAAUGCGAAGAUUGGAUUUGGAUUUGGAGGUUCAAUCUCUGCAUUCACCUCCCCUCGUUGCCGCCUCUUCUCCGGUCAAACCCUAACCCUAAUUUCCUCCAAGUUCCUCAUGCCUGAAUUCUCACCUUGUCCUUCCGCAGCCACUCUAUCCACCACCGCAUUGCCGUCCGCGGUGGAGGCGAAGCCUCGGCCCUGGCUCAUCAUCGGCCUCGGGAACCCCGGCAAGAAGUACAAUGGCACCCGCCACAACGUGGGUUUUGAGAUGGUCGACGCUAUAGCUGAAGCUGAGGGCAUAUCCAUGAGCAGCGUUUCUUUUAAGGCUCUCUUUGGAAAAGGUUUGAUUGGAAAUGUCCCAGUUAUGCUUGCAAAACCACAGACUUUCAUGAAUGCAAGUGGUGAGUCUGUUGGAGCAAUCGUUUCAUAUUACAAGAUUCCAUUGAAGCAAGUACUUGUGAUUUUUGAUGACUUAGAUCUGCCUUUUGCAAAAUUACGCUUGUUGCCAAAAGGAGGACAUGGAGGACAUAACGGCAUGAGGAGUGUAAUCGACCACUUCAGAGGGAGCCGUGAUUUUCCUCGUCUAAGAAUAGGCAUCGGGAGGCCUCCUGGGAAAAUGGAUCCUGUCAAUUUCGUUCUACGCCCAUUCAGCAAACAAGAACGAGAAGAGUUAGAUUUCGCAUUUCAAAACGGCUUAGAAGCAGUGCGGAUUCUUUUGCUGGAAGGUUUUAAUAAAAGCGCAACAUUUGUGAACACUGCCAAACAUAUGGAGCAGCUUGGUUGAAGAACAACUCCAAUUUGCUCUUUGGAUGGUCAGGAAGGCAUUGAUGAUGAUUCAAAUGGCAAUGACAAUAGGAGGAUAGUUAUGCAUUAAUGAUUGAACAAAUUCUUUCUGUGCACCCGCCUCCCAAUUCUCGUAUUGGGGGAGGGGGCGGGGCGGGGGGGGAUUUUAUACUCAUUUUAUUUGAUUAGUUGUUCAAUCUGUUGUACCAAAUGCCUUGUUUGAAUAUUUUUUUUUUCCUUUUUAUUUUUCACCAUAUCGGCAACAUAGACCGCAAAAUGAAAUUUCCUAAUAUGGAAGUUAAUAUGGUUGAAGAAUGUAAUUUACAUGGGUUGAUUAAUUGAGGGGAAAAAUUGAUAUAAAAUGAAUU